AUAAUUUAUCCCUCCGCCCGCCGUCCGGUGAGUUUUAUCGGCGGCGAGUAGAGUCAAUGCCGGCGCAAAAGCGUUCGCACGAAGCUCGUUAUGAGGACGAUGACGAUGAUGUUGACCUGCAACGUAAUAAUCCGAACAUUCCCGAGGAAUCCGAAGAAGACGACGACGCCGAAGACGUAGAACAAGAUGAACAAGCAGAAUCGGAUGAUGAUGGAAGCGCUUCCUCUAGUUGCAGCGACAAGGACGAAUUUUACUUUAUUCGGGAUGGUUGUUGCAGUUUUGUCCUCGUAAAGCUGGCUGAAAUUCGCAAGGAGGUGCAAUGCCCAAUUUGUUUAGGUAUAAUUCGGAAGACCAGAACGGUUAUGGAAUGCCUGCACCGCUUUUGUAGGGAAUGCAUAGACAAAUCAAUGAGACUGGGGAACAAUGAAUGCCCUGCUUGUCGUGCUCAUUGUGCAAGUCGUCGUUCUCUGAGGGAUGAUCCCAACUAUGAUGCCCUGAUCGCAGUUUUGUACCCUGACAUUGAUAAAUAUGAAGCAGAGGAGUUUGCCUUUCAUGAAGAGGAGAAAGCUCGGAAUAAGCAGUUACCUGCACAGAUCCAAGCUUCAAUUGCCCAGACUUCUCGCCGCCAAUUAGAAGCACUGGGAAAGAAGCGUACAACUGCUAAAGCCACUGCUGCUGUGUUUAUGAGGAGAUCACAGGGAAACACACGGAAUCUCAGGGGAAGGAGAAAUCAUAAAUCUUCUGAACCACAAGGAUCUGACAAUGAGGAUGAUGCUGAUAACAAUGAUGGAGGAAAAUUUUCCUCUGAUGCUGAUGAACCAUCUUCAGAAUUAAGACCAAAGAGACACAAGAGAUGGAGAGGAGCGCGAUCUUCUCAACCUUCACUACCUUCAAGUAGUGCUGAUGGAGGCUGUGAUGAGAACGAGGUAGAAGGUACCAGAGAUAUGACAGGCAUAUCUGCUGGGCUUGUUGGCAGUUCAGAAAUUCUAGCCUGGGGUCGAGGUGGCAUGAGAAGUCACACACGCCAUGGUAGCCUAAGCAAUAGUGCUGGCAAGAGUGCAAGGAACAGUCGCCUCUCUAAGCUGAUUGAUCAUCUUCGAAAAUUACCACAAAACAAUGACAAGCUGGAUAUCCAUCUCAAGCUCAUCUCCUUGGAUGAACAAAAUAUACCCAAUCUGCAACACCUAUACCUUUGCUGCAGCCCAACUAUGUCAAUUAUACAUGUAAGCCAGUAUGUUGCUCUUGAGAAAGGUUUGCAAGAUGAUGAGAUCGAACUGCUGCUGGUGAAGGGGGAUCAUUUUGAAAUCAAUCAUUCAGCAUCCUUAAAAGUUCCUACUGGAGAACAGCCUGAGCCUGCUGUUAUAAAUCCUUUGACAGAUGAGUUGCAAUUGUUGGAAGAGCAUCAAACCUUGUUGGAUGUUGCAAAAGGGUCAGCUCAGAAAGAUCUGACUCUUGCUUACAGGAAGAAGUCGUGUAGCUCGUGAAAUCAAGAACGAGUGAGAAAAAGGAAAUUGGUAUGUAUCGCCCCAUGAAUGUUUAAUUAAUCCUCUUAGUAGUUGAGAAACACUGGAUAAACACAUCAACAAUUUGUCGAUAUUUUACUCAACUUAUAGUUAGAAAAAAAGGUACCGAUACUUUAUUGUACAUUAAGGUAGCAUUAGUCACACAAUUUUCAA